AUGCUGUACUUCCAGGUGGUGAUUCUAGCAGCUACAGUGAUGCUGGUUUACUACUGUGAGUUCACGGACACUUUCAGUCCGGCUCAGCAGGGCUUCAUCUGCAGGGACCCAACUUUAACUAAACCUGAUCCUGGACCUGAACAGGACAGCAGGGUACAGCCAGUAAUGCUGUACUCUGUGGUGGGUGGACUGCCUGUUGUACUGAUUUCCGGUGUAGAGCUUGUUAUCUUCCUCCUUCACUACAACUCAAACAACCUAUACGACCAAGAGAAGGCUGUUGUCAUGGGUGACUGUUGCUACGUGAACCCUAUGGUGCGCCGGACAUUCCGUUUCCUUGGUGUGUAUUUCUUCGGUCUGUUCGGAGCAGACAUCUUUGUCAAUGCAGGUCAGCUGGUCACAGGAUGUCUGGCCCCUCACUUCCUGUCUGUUUGCCAGCCCAAUUACACUGCCCUCGGCUGCCUGGACACACCACUCUUUGUCAGCCAAUCAGACGCUUGCACUGGUGACCCUGAUGACAUCAUGAGAGCCAGGAAGACCUUCCCAUCCAAAGAGGCUGCUCUGAGUCUGUAUACAGCUGUUUACCUGGCAAUGUAUGUCAUGUCCUGUAUCGGUUCCAGAGGAGGUCGUCUGACUGGCCCUAUCCUCAGCCUCUCAUUGGUCAGUCUGGCUGUGCUAACAGGCAUCAACAGAGUGGCCGAGUACCGAAACCACUGGAGUGAUGUCUUUGCUGGACAAGCCAUCGGGGGAGCUAUCGCUGUCUUUCUGGUGGUGUUUGUGGUUCAGUAUUUUAAAAAGAGACCUGUGAUUUCCCAGAGUCCUUCAGAUGCAGGCACAGCUGACACUGAUGAACCCCAAACGAAUCACGUAAUGGAAACCAGUGACCAAUACAUCGUUACACAGAACCCAGGACCCUGCACAGAAGUCACAUGA